AUGGCUGGCUCAGAGCCUGGCGCAAAGACAGGCUCGAGGCUCGAUGUACCAACACCAAAAGAUCAGGCCUCGAAAGAUUCAUCCGUACAAGACAAGCCUAAACCUGUCAGGACACGGCCACAAAAGCCCAAUUACUUCUUGAUACAUUCAAAACCUUUACCUCUAGAGACACAUCCUCUUCCAGCUUUUGUACCACAAAACCCUCUUUCUCUUCUCCGAAUCGCCUACAUCUAUCUUUCGCAGCUUAUUUGUAGACCAUCUUCACACAGGGAGGUGCCCAUUACUGGCAUUUUCAGCUCUGAGACACGGUCUGUUCAUAUCACGGAUCAUGCCUCUGUUCGUGCUCUGUGGGAGAUGGGUUUCUUUGGCAAAGGUACAAUGUCAAGAAGUGAGCCAAGUUGGCUAGACAGAGAGAAAGCCCGACUGAAGGCGAGCAAACAUGGUGGUGGUACUGCCGAAGAGAACACCAGAAAAAGAAGAGAAGAGAGAAAGCUGUUCAAGCUUGAAAGAGCCAGAGCAGAAGCUGAGCAGAUUGAAGAAACUCUACGAAGGGAACGAGAAGCGCUAGAAGCUGCAAAGGGAGCAAAGGAUGCGGAAAAGGCUACUGAAAUCGCCAUCUCUCAUGUGCCUGUCCUUCCCACAGGCACUACUAUUCACACAACUGGUAUACCUGAAGAUACUGCUAUCGUCCAACCCGAAGAAGAUGCACCAAUCACAAACCAAGAGCAUCUUCAGCUAAAUCUUGAGGAAUCCUUCUUCUUGUCCUACGCCCUGGGCAGCCUUCGAAUUCUCGAUUCCAACACAAAGCAGCCUCUCUCCACACCCUCCUUACUGACUCUCUUCCGACAACACUCACACUUUCCCAUGGCACAGACUGCCGCCUUACGUUCAGACGACCCUUUUUUGCUCAACUAUGUUGUAUACCAUCACUAUCGCUCUCUGGGCUGGGUCGUCCGACCUGGUGUGAAAUUCUCCUGCGACUUUCUGCUCUACAACCGUGGUCCGGUGUUUUCUCACGCCGAGUUUGCUCUGAUUAUUAUCCCUGAAUAUGCAGAGGGAAGCGUGGAAGCGGCCGAAGGAAAAGGCAAAAUGGGUUGGUGGUGGAUGCACUGUGUGAAUCGCGUGCAAAGCCAGGUCAAGAAGAGUUUGGUCAUUGUUUAUGUCAAGGUGCCAAAAGAGUUACCGAGCACUCAGGGAGGGGAAAUGGAUAUUGGAAGACUUCUGAGAGGAUAUGAGACCAGGGAGUUUGUGGUCAGAAGAUGGUUGGCCAACAGAAGUCGUGAUUGA